GCUUAAUUCAAGUCCCAUUUGCACACAAAAGACCAUACUACCCUAGAAUGCUCAAACAGUACCAUGAAUUUAUAUAUCAAUGUGUGUGUAUCUAUAUAUAGCCCAUUUGUAUUCACAGUUCCUUGCAAAAAAGAUAAUCAUUUUGUCUUACAAGUGAAUUAAGAUGAGCAACUUAGAUUGUUCUGGUAAGCAUUUGCAACAUCAUCCUAGUGGUCCAUGUUUCAAACUAGUCUGUUUUUUCAGAUCAACAUGCUUUCUACUUUCAUGUUUCUAUCGUCACCUCCUUCGAAUUAAUCCAUUUUCAAUUCAAAUUUGUUAUUUUCUCUGUCUUUCCUUUCUCGGUUCUUGUGUUCUCAAGGUUUUGAAGCCAAGGACAGCCGAUUCUUUUAGGCCUAGGAACAUAGAUUUGUUCUUCACUUCUGUGUCUGCAACCACCGUUUCGAGUAUGUCCACCGUUGAAAUGGAGGUUUUUUCCAACACCCAACUCAUAGUUUUAACCAUCUUGAUGUUCAUAGGUGGUGAGAUCUUCACUUCCAUGGUUGGACUUCAUUUUUGGAGGUCCAAACAUAGUAACUUAUCAAAAAGUACCGAAAACAAAGUUGAUUCCAAUUUUCUUGAUCAUAUUGAUCCCGAGGUACCAAAAUCCGAAGUUGAAGAUUUUGAUCACAAUCAAACUGAGAAUUUGAGGUAUAAUUCAAUUAAAUUUUUAGGGUUUGUAGUAUUGGGUUAUUUUCUAGUGAUUCAAGUCCUCGGAGUCGUUUUCGUUCUAGUUUAUCUAACCCUUGUUUCGAGUGCAAGAGAUGUGCUAAGAAAAAAAGGUAUCAAGAUAUUCACUUUCUCAGUCUUCACAAUAGUGUCAACUUUUGCAAGUUGUGGCUUUGUCCCAACAAAUGAGAGCAUGAUAGUCUUCAGCAAGAACUCGGGUUUGUUCUUAAUUUUGAUCCCUCAGAUCCUUCUUGGCAACACAUUGUAUCCGUCGUGCUUGCGAUUUUCGAUAUGGGUUUUGGGGAGGUUUUUUAAGAGGAAAGAGUUUGAUUAUUUGCUGAAGAAAACGAGGGAGAUUGGUUAUCUUCAUUUGCUUCCUAGCUUGCAUUCAUCACUUUUGGUUGUCACUGUUUUUGGAUUUAUAUUGAUUCAGUUUGUGAUGUUUUGCUCCUUGGAGUGGAAUUCAGAUGGCUUAAGUGGACUGAGUUCUUAUGAGAGAGUGGUGGGUGUGUUGUUUGAAGUUGUGAAUUCAAGACAUACAGGUGAAACCAUUGUUGAUCUCUCUACUCUUGCCCCGGCCAUCUUGGUGGUGUUCGUAGUAAUGAUGUACCUUCCACCAUAUACUUCAUUCCUACCAAUAAAAGAAGGUAGUGGACAGAAUCCACAAGAGGGUGAAGGGAAAGAGAAAGGAAAGGGAAAGGGAAAGGUUGUGGAGAAUCUAAUAUUCUCACAGCUUUCUUAUCUGGCCAUCUUUAUUGUUCUCAUUUGCAUCACAGAAAGGAAAAACAUGAAGGAAGAUCCCCUCAAUUUCAACGUCCUCAAUAUUGUGGUAGAAGUCAUCAGUGCAUAUGGAAAUGUAGGUUUUUCAACUGGCUACAGUUGUGACCGGCAAGUAAAACCGGAUGGUAAUUGCACGAACAAAUGGUUCGGAUUCGCAGGGAAAUGGAGCGACGAGGGGAAAAUAAUCCUCAUUGCUGUCAUGUUUUUUGGAAGACUUAAGAAAUUUAACAUGAAUGGAGGUAAAGCAUGGAAGCUCCUGUAAAAAAAAAAAAAAAAAAAAAAAAUGGCCGGCACCAACA